GCUUCAAUUGGGAGGAUGCAAACUCUCCGAUAAAAAUAUCUCAUCUUUUCUCCAACCAGUCAACCACCAAGCCUAGCACGAAUGGAUGUCCCUGUCCUCACUCCCAUUGUAGAUUUCACAAUAAAGAAGUUGAUUUCGGCUAUUGGCGAGCAAAUCAACCUUGCGGUGAGCUUUAAGAAGGAGCUUACAAGGCUCAAGGACAGACUAACCAUGAUCCGGGCUUUGUUGCAACGUGCAGGAGAAAGGGAGGUGACAGACCCAGCUGUCAAACUGUGGCUAGAGAGGCUGAGAGAUGUAGCUAGUGAUGCCGAUGACGUGCUGGACGAGGUUGCCUAUGAAAAUUUGAAGCGUAAAAUAGAAAUUCAAGACCAUAUGAGGAGAAAGGUGAGCUACUUCUUUUCCCACUCCAAUCCUCUUAUAUUUCAGAGUAAGAUGGCUAAGAAGAUUAAAAAUAUUAUUGCCUUUGUGGAUGAUAUUAACAAGCAGGCCCAAGGGUUUGGACUUCAACCCAUACCUGUUGGCCUGGGCGUGGAACAUGGAAGAGGAAACCCACAGACUUCCUCUUUUUGUGAUGUGUCACAAGUUGUAGGGAGAGAUGAUGAAGUGUCCAGAAUAGUGGAGUUGCUAAUAGAGUCUACUAAUCAACUACCCCUUUGUGUCAUAUCUAUUAUAGGUAUGGGGGGUUUAGGCAAAACCACUUUAGCACAAUUUGUGCGCAACAAUGUGUGCAUCAAAAAUGAUUUUGCUAAAAUAAUGUGGGUUUGUGUGUCUGAAAAUUUUGAUGUGGAAAGAAUUUUAAAGGAGAUGUUAGAGUCUGUGACUGGGUCUGGUUGUGGAAAUAUUACAAAUGUGGAUACUGUCAUUCAAAACAUACGAAAUGAGUUGGCAGAGAAAAACUAUCUUCUCAUAUUAGAUGAUGUGUGGAACUUAGAAAGGCAAAAAUGGGAAGAAUUAAGGAGUCGUCUGCUAGGAAUAGGUAACAAUUCCAGGAGUCGGAUUGUUGUGACUACUCGAGAUGAAAGGGUAGCAUCAACCAUGGGAACAUUUCCUGAACACAAGUAUCAUCUUAAGGAGCUGGAGAAGGAUGAAUGUUUGUCUAUAAUCAAGCAAAGGGCAUUUAGGAACUCUUCAAUACCUUCAGAUUUGGAACCCAUUGGAAGGGAAAUUGCUGAAAAAUGUGGAGGUGUGCCUUUAGUUGCAAAUGUUAUUGGGGGAACUUUGUGCAAUAACAGGAACAUAGAUGACUGGUUGUCAAUUAAAAAUAAAAUGAAUGCACUGGAAUCACAGAAGGAAGAUGGUGGGAUCUUAUCUAUCCUAAAAUUAAGUUUUGAUAGAUUACCAGAUCCAGCUUUGAAACAAUGUUUUGUAUUCUGUUCAAUUUUUCCCAAGGAUUAUGUCAUACAAAGGAAGAUACUAAUUGAGCUCUGGAUGGCUGAAGGAUUUAUUCAAUCACCUGAAGGAAGUUCCAAGUCAAUGGAGGAUAUUGGUAAUGAGUAUUUCAAUGACUUACUAUCAUAUUCCCUAUUUCAGGAUGUGGAAAGUGAUGACGAGUUGAAAGAUCUUACAUGCAAAAUGCAUGAUUUAAUUCAUGAUCUUGCUCAAUCUGUUUCAAAUCAUGAGAUGAUAGAUCUUAAAAGGCUACGAGUUCUCAAUCUCUGUGGUGCUAUUAUUGAAGAACUAUCUUUUCAUUUUGACAACAUGAAGAGUUUGAGGUUCUUGGACAUUUCAGAAACUGGAAUAGAAGAGUUACCCAAGUCCAUCAGCAAGUUGUAUAAUUUGCAAACAUUUAGAUUCAUGGAUUGUGAAUUUCUGGAAAUGCCUUCGGAAGGAAUUGGUGAUUUAAUCAACUUGAGGCAUAUUCACUUCAGUGACAGAGAUACCAUGCCUGCAAACGUGGGGAGGCUAACUAGUCUUCAAACGUUGGGAUCCUUCUAUGUGGGUACAAGAAAGGGCCUUAAAAUUGAAGAAUUGGGCAGCUUAAGCAGACUCAAGGGAAGUUUGAUGAUUGAGAAUCUUGAGCUUGUUAAAGACAAAUCAGAAGCAAAGCUAGCAAAACUACAUGAAAAGGCAGUUGACACGUUGGAAUUAUGGUGGAAACAUAACAGGAGUGAAUUAGAAGUAGAAGGCAAUCAUGAUGAAGAGGUUUUGGAAGGCCUUCAACCUCACCCGAAUCUACAAAAAUUAGUAAUUGGUUGUUAUGGAGGUAAAAACUUGCCGUCAUGGAUCUUGAGUAGCAAUGAAUUGUUCUCCCCCAACAAUUUCAAUUUAGUGGAACUGGUAAUUAAAGAUUGCAGAAAGCUAAAUAGCAUUGCAGUGAUCAAUGGGCUUUCAUCUCUAAAGCAGCUUUCAAUUUCUGAUUGUAGUGAAUUAACUAGUAUUGCUGACAGAGCAUUUGAAAAAAUGUCUCUUGAAAAAAUAACUAUACGGCGUUGUCAAAAGUUGGAGAACCUUGGAGCCACACGCCUUCCUCUUGGCUUGAAGGAAUUGUGGAUUGGUGGUUUCUCAAAAGAGACAGAGGAAUCCCUAGAUUUCAGUUUCAUUCACUACGUCCACACCUCCCUUGAAAGGUUGGGUUUGGGUGAGUGGCAAAAACUAACUCAGCUUCCACAUCAAAUUCAACAUCUCACUGCUCUGAGGGAAUUCAAAAUUUUGAGAUUCGAGAAAUUGGAUGCUUUACCGGAGUGGCUGGGAAACCUAUCCUCUCUUGAAAGUCUAGCGAUUGAGUGUUGCUCAAAUCUGGAAUGUUUGCCUUCUGCGGAAGCCAUUCUUCACCUCACCAAAUUGAAAAAGCUCAGAAUUCGGGGUUGCCCUGGAUUAAGCAUAAGUUGUAAUAAGGAAACCGGUGCUGAGUGGCCCAAAAUUUCCCACAUUCCAUACAUUGAUUUACAGUGAGAGAUCAUCCAUUCCCAAGAUUGAGGUUUCAAAGUGGCAAGAAGAGGCAUGGAAUUCUUCAAGUUUCGAAAAACCUGAGAUUGUCUGACACUGUCCCUCUGGAGACUUUUCUAGGAAAAUAGGAUAUGUCUUCUAUUUUCUUCUACUCCUCCUUUAUUUGUAUCAUUGUAUUUCCUGGACUUAUGUAAUGGCGAGGAUACUGUGUUUGUUCCAUGGCUUGUUUUAAUUUCUGUAAGAGAAUGCUAAACACUUGCUGGGUUCUGUAAAUGAUGAUUCAACUGUCUGUUGCAUGUGUCUGUAGAUAUGCUUAUAUAUAUCAGUGUAUGUUUUUAUGUCACUGGCUGUAAAAGUUAAAGAUACCUAACAAAUCCUCAUCCACUAA